ACAUACUUACCCACCAAACGAGAUCCCACGCCCCGCUUUCAAAAGAUGAACAAUGACUUUGCAAAACGCCUCCUAAACCUAAACCUCAUUGACAAGAAAUCAGCAGCGCAACUAACAACAUACAAUGCAGUAUGCCCGAGGAUAUACGGUCAACCCAAGGCCCAUAAAGAUGGGCUCCCUCUUAGACCGGUUGUACCAAAUAUGACAGCUCCUUCCUACAACUUGUCCAAAUUUGUAGGACAAAUCAUUAACAACUCUAUCACCAGUCAAUACAACAUCAAGGACUCAUACUCUUUCUGUGACUUUAUCAACUCUAUAACCCUUCCACCCGGAUAUGUGCUCGUCUCACUAGACGUUACCGCUCUCUUUACAUCAAUCCCUAAGUCGUUAGUGAUACACGACAUCAUCAUAAGAUGGAAUGAGAUCAAGUCUAACACAAACAUAAAUCUGGACUUAUUUCUAGAAAUUGUAGAGUUUUGCAUCGACUCAAGCUACUUCAAAUACGACAACAAACAUUACCUACAGAUUUUUGGAACAGCGAUGGGAAACCCACUCUCGCCAGCAUUAGCCGACUUGAUUAUGGAAACACUACUAGAUACAGUAACCAGAACUCUCAAUUGCAAACCAGCCUUCAUUAAAAAAUUCGUCGACGACCUACUUCUAGCCAUACCAAUGGAUCAACUAAACCAUGUUCUACAAACAUUCAAUAGUUACAACGAGCACAUCCAGUUCACUUAUGAAACUGAAGUAGAUAAGAAAAUACCCUUUUUGGACUUACUACUAAUUCGAACAGACACCCAAACCAUCAAAAGUGAAUGGUACAUAAAACCCAUUGCUAGUGGCAGAUUCUUGGACUACUACUCGUUCCACCCGCUUCAUCAAAAACUAAAUAUGGCCCAAAACUUCAUUCAAAAAGUCACCCACUUGUCCACCAAUCUACAGGCUAAUGAAAAAUCACAAAUAAUACACCAACAGCUGAGUUUAAACAAUUAUCCAAGAAACCUACGAAACCGACUAAUCAACCGAAUGCACGAACGGAACCACAGCAACAUACUCAUCCCACCAGCAAAUGAAGAAACCCUGCAAUAUACUUACCGAUCUAUAGCAUACAUACCUCACCUGUCGAACAAAAUCGACAAGCACCUGAAAAACGAUUACAAAAACAUACGACUAGCACAUCACAACACGAGAACAGUUAGACACUUAUUCACAAAGCUAAAGGAUCCAGUACCUGACGAUCAACAAAACAACAUAAUAUACAGCAUUCCAUGCGAAUCCUGUCCAGCAUGUUACAUAGGUAUGACGACUAACAAAUUAAAAACUAGGAUCUACGGACAUCAAACACACUACAAUGCACUGGAUAAAUACAAACAACUAGGACUCACCGCCACCGACCCAGAAAUCGUAGCACUUAAGGAAAAAACUGCCUUGUUAGAACACAGCAUCGCCCAGGAUCAUAGAUUCGACCUAAAAAACACAAAAAUUAUAGACAAACACAACAAAAAACAUGCACUACCGUUCAUCGAAGUUUGCCACAUCAUCACCAAUGAAAAUAGUAUCAACAGACGUACAGACACUGAAGGCUUAAACACAAUCUAUGCUGGAAUUAUACAUUCUCUCAAAAACCAAAACAAACGUAGCAUAUACGACAAUAACUGUCAAAAUACGACUAUGACACCACACACUCACACACAUACAUAAAUGAACAUGUCAAAAAUAGUAGACGGAAAAGGAGAGACACAAACCAAAAAAUAUUCGCUCUAACUAGUGCACAGAAAAUCAAGCUUUGUAGAAUUAUAGCGAGCAAGCUUUUUCAUUCUGUUAACAGUGAGUCGCAUAAAUAUUGUUACACAUGAUUCACUAUCGGACGCCAUUACAAAUUACACACUAUAGACAACCAAUGUUGGACAUACAAACAUACACAACAACAAAACGUAUAGUUUCUGUAAGUAUUCAUUCACAGACAAACGGACAUAUUUGUAACGGAAAUACUAAAAAUUACAGAAUCCUUGAAAAAGGUGAAAUACAUUCACCGAAACUGUCGGACAUUGAAACAACAAAUCGUUUUUGCUGUUUUAUUGACUGCUUUGCCGAAACUCGCAUAAUAAGUAUAUACCCACAGUCGUUAAACAUUCACCUAGAUCAAACAAAAUGGCCAAUUUUUCCAACGUCCACUUCUAUCAAAAUGUAGCUGCCCAGUUCGGCGAACCUUCACGAGUCAUGCUGAAAGACUACGCGAAAACAGUCUCUAAACUGGCCAGUAUGAUAAGCCGAAAGUCUUUCCUUAUACGCUGUCGCAAAAGAGGUGUUUUCCCAGCGCACAUAACGACAAAUUUCCGUUUCACAUACCCUUUACUAGAGGAGAAUGGUCCAUAUAUAAAGAAACUACAAAAAUGCAUCACACGUUUCAAGAAAGCUAUUCUAAAUAUAGAAAUUCGAAACACCUAUCAAAAAUUGAAAACACUGAAACAACAACAAGCAGAAAUAGCAACUAGUAUUAAAGAAUCAAAUAUUACCGAAGACAUUACAGCGUCUUUCUUCAUGAGUCAAUCAAAUUACCACAACAAACAAGUCCAGAACAAAACCAACAGCACCAAACAAAAGUUCAAUAGAAUAAUUCGCAAGACAGCAGAAGCAACCAACAACACCACUCCAGUCUACAAUCAAAAGGCCAUACACAACAGCACCAGCAAACCAAUCCCACCAGAAACGGAAAUAUUACUUAGCCUAGGACCAAAAUUUGCUCUUCCAGCAACAACAAAUCAAGAAAUCCCAUUCUUCCAUUUGAUAGCUGAUGUAGAGAAUAUACUUAAAACAAAUCCAGAUACGACAGUCCAAGACAAAA